AUGGCCGACUACAAUUCCCUCUAUCAGCACGGUCUUUACCUGUCGCCAGAUCAGCAAGAUCUCCUCCUGGCUGCUCUUUCCUCCAACAAUCCGCCCGCAAAACAGCAGAAUAAUCCCCACCCCCCGGCUUCCAAGUCAGACCCCGAGUCUACCCCUGCAACCACAGGUAGUUACAAUAUGAGUCCUGCAUUCGACCCCUCUAACCCUCACUCGGGUGGUCUGGGUUAUGGCGAUGAUGAAAGUCCCUUCCUGGACUUCAACCCCGAACUGGACUUUGACUUUCAAGGCUCCGAGAACCUGAUUGGUGAUCUUCCCGAGAGCCUACCGCAAUCGGAGGAACCGGAGCCGGGAGAGAAGAGGAAGGACAUCGAUGGCGAUGCGGAUGAGAAUGAAGCUUCCGGCAAGAAGCGAAGAGAAAGCGAUGAAAAGGCGGCAAAGAAGCCAGGAAGGAAGCCCUUGACUUCCGAGCCAACCUCGAAGCGGAAGGCACAGAACCGGGCUGCGCAGCGAGCGUUCCGUGAACGCAAGGAGAAACACUUGAAGGAUCUGGAAACGAAGGUAGAUGAGCUGCAGAAGGCUUCUGACAACGCGAACCAGGAAAAUGGGUUGCUCCGUGCUCAAAUCGACCGCCUGCAAGUCGAAUUGAGAGAGUAUCGCAAGCGUCUCUCCUGGCUGACCACGGGAACUGGUGUCUCUGCCAUGAAUGCCAUCCCCGGAGCCUAUCCCAACAAGGGAUCGUAUGGCCUUCAGAACAAUGAUUUCAUGUUUGACUUCCCCAAAUUCGGGGAUCUUCCGGGCUCCCACAUUUUCAAUAACGGCCAAUUGUCCAAGGCGCAGCAGAGUGCUAAAGGAGAGCCAUCCACAGCAACGUCGCGUAAUGACUCCCGUGUGCCAGGUGUUGUGAGCCGUAACUCCCUGAGCAGUGCUCAGUCCAACGGUGCGCCCGCGGGCAGGACUCCCAGCUCCGUGUCCCACCAGGGUUCCACUCCUGCGUCCACGAGGAAGUCCACUCCGAAGGUGUCCUUAUACAACGGCACGGCUCAAUCCACCUCUACGCAUGAUUCCUCUACGACUGACUCGCCAUCCUCCUCGUCCGAUUCCCACCAGAGCCAGAGUCUUUCGUCCAACGGCACAUCCCCGGAACCCACUAUUAGUUCUCCUGCUACUAAGGCUCAUCACCACCACGGUGCUCAUGAUGGCUGCACUUAUACCACCAUCGAUGGUGAGGAAUCCUUCUGCGCGCAACUUGGCAUGGCAUGUGGCAAUAUCAAUAACCCCAUUCCAGCCGUCCGGCAUAACAGCCAAAGCGCGUCAAAUACCCCUAAUCAGGAGGCUCCCCACGAGGAUGUUGCGGGUCUGGAUACGCUCGCUCAGCAGAACGGCGGCCAGUUCGAUCCCGUUCUCUUCGGAGACUGGCGUGAGCCUCAGGAUGCAAUCCUGUCUCAGGACUUUGGAACAUUCUUUGACGAUGCCUUCCCCCUGCCCGAUCUGGGAAGCCCUUCACACAACCUCACGGAAGCGGCCACCCAACAACCCCCGAAGAAAGACUUGAUCGCAGAGAUCGACAGCAAGUUGGAUGAAGAGGUUGUGCCUGGAGAAGAUAAGUCUCAGAUGCUGAGUUGCACGAAGAUAUGGGAUCGUCUGCAAUCCAUGGAGAGAUUCCGCAACGGAGAGCUCGAUGUCGAUCAUCUUUGCUCCGAACUACGCAUGAAGGCGCGGUGUUCGGAGGGCGGUGUGGUCGUCAACCAGCAAGAUGUUGACGACAUCAUGGGGCGGGCGAAAUAG